GAUGAAGCUUCAAGUCUCAAGUAUUUGCAGUUUUAGUCAUUCAAAGUCACAUAUAAUGUUUAAGUUCAUCUGGUGUUUUAUUUCCAUCAACGCUAAAAAGGUAGUUUAUUUUUGUGUUUCAAUCUUCCAGUCUUUUCUUGCACUUUGAGCAUUACUGUGUGUCUGUAGUAUUUGUGAAAGAAAAGGUAUCAGUACUUUAAGAUACAAUUUAAAGAAGAAUUUGGUAGGAUGCAAGAUUUUCUUUCUUGGAGAAGGUGGGACUAUAUUAUUCAUUAAUGGCAAAAUAUUAGCUGAAUGAUGUAAGGUAUCCCGAAGACUGCUAACAGAAAUACUUUUUGUAUAGGCACUUUUAUAUAAUCUUUAGGCCAUAAAUAUAUUGCUAAAGAACAGUUUUGUUGAGGUUAAAUUAACAUUUUCCUGGUCUAGGAUCUGCCUAGAAAUCAGCUGGUCAUUGAUCUGGGUAUACAGGCCAGCAAAAGAACAAAUUACUAAAAUGAAAGGGUUGGUUUUAUGUAUUUUGAAAGCUGUUUCUUUGUGUGACCUUAAAAAAAGGUGAUUGUCACUUGCUAAGAGGUCUUUGCAAUUAAAUGUAGUUUCUGAUUAACUGAAUUUUGUGUGAUGUCAUGCAAGUCCUAGUGUUAAGUAUUUCUGCAAUUUGCUGCACAGGUAUUUUUACCAAAUAAUUUUGAACAGUAAAUGCUUUAUCAAGAAAACAUGUAAAAUAUGCUAUGUGCAACUCCUAGAAACUUGUGAGCUGGUAUAAAUUUGCUCAGAUCUGCUCUUCUCUUGGCUGACAUAGCAAAUAUGCUAAGAUGGAGAUAAAGUAAUUGACUGUAGUCUAAACAAGAGGGUUUGAAUUGGGCAGAUAACUAAGCUCAUUUUUGGAGGGCUUACUUAGAAUUUCUUUGAUGGCCUUGGUUAUUUUCUGUCAUUCAGUGAAGAGUAACAGAAUUAAAUUUAAAAUUUUAUUUCAUAUCUUAAUGUAUUUUUAUAAUUUCAUUCUCAAGAGUUCCUCAGAUGCCAGUUUAUCUCACAGGAGCAGGGCAAGUACCUCCAAAAGGAGAGCUUUUGUGGGAGAAAAGAUACCUGUCUUACAGCAAGCACUUUCUAGUAUUGUUAUUUCUAAACUUUGUAGUGAAGUGUCAUACAGAUCAGACUUGGAGGACAUCCUUGGGGGAAAAAAGUGGAAUUUACUAUGAUCAAAGAAAUUAUAGCAGCCUUGGAUAUAGUAAACCAGUUCCUUCCUACUAUGUUUGGUCAUCUCUAUACAGUGAUCCAGUGGCACCAGCUAGGAGUUACAGGCCAUCUGAAUGCAGUUAUUCUUCAAGAGCAAGCUCAGUCCGAAGUAGUCCUUUGUUUUCUGAUUUUUCUCAUCAAAGUGAAACUACUGCUGAUUAUUUCAGUCGUUGCAACCACAGGGGAAGCAUUGUUUCCGAUGCAGAUUAUGGCCAAGUUUUGAAUAAUCUUGAAGAAAAGAGUGAAAAAUCACAUUCAGAAAUAUUUUCAAGGCCCUCAUCUCGCAAUUCAGUAAGUGCAGCUCCUCAGAGUGGCAACUCAUCUAGGAGAGGAAGUGGAGAUGCAAGUAGUUUGGUGGAUCCUGAUGCCUCCCUCAGUGAAUUACGGGAUAUCUAUGAUCUUAAGGACCAGAUACAUGAUGUAGAAGGGAGAUACAUGCAGGGACUUAAAGAAUUGAAGGAUUCACUAGCCGAAGUUGAAGAGAAGUACAAGAAAGCUAUGGUUUCCAAUGCUCAACUCGACAACGAGAAAAACAACUUGAUUUACCAAGUGGAUACUUUGAAGGAUAUUAUUGAGGAGAAAGAAGAACAGAUAGCAGAGUUCUAUAGGGAGAAUGAAGAGAAGUCAAAGGAAUUGGAAAGACAGAAACACACUUGCAGUGUUCUGCAGCAUAAGCUGGAUGAACUUAAAGAGGGCCUUCGACAGAGAGAUGAAUUGAUAGAGGCGAAUCAACGUAUGCAGGAGAAUAUAGACUCCAUAACCAAAGAAGUGUUUGAUCUCCAGGAGACAAUUAAUUGGAAAGAUAAAAAAAUAGGGGCCCUAGAAAGACAGAAAGAUUACUUUGACUGCAUUAAGAAUGAGCGAGAUGAGCUCAGAGAGGAGUUGGCUGACCUGAAGGAAACAAUGAAAAGAGGACAGAAACAUGGAUUAGUUAUAAUUCCAGAUGGCACACCAAAUGGUGAUCUAAACCAUGAAUCAGUGGUUGGUACAAUAACAGUUGUAUCACAGGAAGCUGCUCAGGUUUUGGAAUCUGCAGGAGAAGGACCACUAGAUAUUAGGCUACGAAAACUGGCUGGAGAAAAGGAGGAAUUACUGUCCCAGGUUAGAAAACUGAAGAUGCAGUUAGAAGAAGAACGACAGAAAUACUCUAAAAGUGAUAGCAUGAAUCCAGAUACAAUAGACUUGGAGAAUGGCUCUGACUUGCAGCUAAUUGAAAUGCAAAGAGAUGCCAACAGACAAAUUAGUGAAUACAAAUUUAAGCUUUCAAAAGCUGAACAAGAUAUAACUACUUUGGAACAAAAUAUUGGGCGACUUGAGGGACAGGUUGCAAGGUAUAAAAAUGCAGCAGAAAAUGCAGAAAAAGUAGAAGAUGAACUCAAAGCUGAAAAAAGGAAGCUUCAGCGAGAGUUAAGAACAGCACUGGAUAAGAUAGAAGAAAUGGAGAUGACCAAUAGCCAUUUAAUGAAAAGGCUGGAGAAGAUGAAGGCAAAUAGGACUGCGCUUUUAUCUCAACAGUGAAAUGGAAACUGAAAAUACAAUGCACUGCUCCUUGAAUAACUAGUCCCUAACUUGUUUGUAAAAACAGACUUUCAGUGGCACAAACUAUUUGAACACUGAGCUGUUCACUGGUGGUUUAGUUUCAUAAUUAAAUUACAUACUUUUUGUAAUUUAUGAGAGAAUGAAAUGUAGUUUGAAUUCCCAUGUGAAUGACAGCAAUUUUUCAGUAGUGUUUGAUUCUAGAGUCAAAGACGGAGCACAAUGCUGUAUGUUCUUACAACUGUGGAAUCAAGUUUACUCACGAUCUCUUUUGGCUGCUUUAAUGAUGCUUGAUGCUCAGAGACAGCUGCAUGAAUUCAAGACACUGUUAUGAAACUAACAUAUACUUGCCUAAGACAUCACACAGCACAAGUGCCUUUUAUCUGGUGCAAUUUAGUCUUCAUUGUUGAAAUAACCUUUGAAACCAGAAAUCAUUUUAUUUUAAGAUACAUUUGGGGUAUUCCCUAAACUUUAUACAUUUUGAAAAUACACUUUUUAAAAUAUUUAAAUUUAUAAGAAAAAAUAGGGACUGUAUAUAAAGAUCUGCUUCUUUUGCAUGGGCACAUCUGACUUGUAUGUAAUUUUGUCAAAUACUAGCCCCUGAUACUCUUAGUGUUAAGAACAGAAAUUUAAAAACUGAAGUUGUACGCCAUCAAAUUGUGUCAUCUGCUUAAGUGUGAAUUGAAAUUUUAUGGGGGGAAGAAGGGGUUGAGAAAUGUAGCUAAGGGGUUUAUUAAAUGGACACUUUACUGACCAAAA